AGAGGGUAGACGGAGCCGCGCCCCGCGGUGCGCCCCGGCCAGUGGCCCUAAAAUGGCGCUGGCGCUGCGGGCUCUAGGCUGGGCCCUGAGCAUCUCAUUCCACAGCAGCUUCUCGCUAGUAAUUGAAAACGCCAAACUCGGACAACACCUCCCAUUUGAACAUCCCGAGUGCCACAGAAUGAUCAGAAACAGCCCGAAUACCCGGAUCCUUCUGAAAACAGAAAUCCAAACGACCAUAUUCGUCAAAAGCUCCACGCCCUAUGUGUCUGCAUUGAAGCGUGUUGAUCGGUUGCUCGAAAAGUUUGACAGACUGCCCACAAACUACAAGCAAUUCCAGCAGGGCGAAUACAAAAAAGUCAGGUCGUUGAGUGUCAAGGCCAUGGGGUCGGCCAUGGAGAAAGCUGUGUCUAUCGGUCUCCACUUCAAGGAGAAUAUGGGCUAUCAGGUAGACUUCUUCACGGGAACGGUGGAGGUGGUUGAUGAACUCAAAACAACCGAAAUACCGAACACGCGAGAUGACAGCGAAGACGAGACGGAGCUACGAGGAAGAAACGUGAGCUGCGUGCAGGUGACUAUUUGGCUCAAGCGGAAGUGAUUCGUCUUGUCUCCUGCUCCUCCACUAUCGCACAUGUAUUUGGGAACUAUAGAAAUAAACACUCAGUUCCGGUCGUGUCUCAACGCGGGUGUUGCUUUGUCACUAUCAUUUGAUUCAAGUCGGGCAUCUUCGGAUUUCUUGAGACAAGCUUCCUUUAUGUGCAAAAGCUCUACCACAUGACGCUCCACCUUUGUACUUUUCCUUGUUUUCCGUCCUGCGUUUUGAAAGUCGGUCUUCAAACCAUCAUUAACUGAGUCAUCAUCAAGCUCAACCCCGAAAAGACGCUCUCCCAAUUGAAUAAGCUCUAGGCAUUUCCUGUAGUCCUUAAUGAAGUAAGCCUUUUCACACGCAUGUAGAAUAUGGACACGGUCAAAUUUCUUUGUG